CUUGUAAAGUUGUUCAACAACAAGAUUUUGUGUCAUUCUUGAGCCUUGAAGAAAUCAUUAGUCUCGAAAUUUAGUACAAACAUUCUUUUCUUGUUCUGAUUGUUCUACGGUGAUGCUGACCUUGUGCCUGAGAAGAAGCUACAAGAAUAUCAGAGAAUACUAAGUAAAAUCAUUAGAACAUUUCAUUUUUUCUGUGUCUAGGCAAGCUAGGUUUCCAGAUUUUUGUUUUGGUUUUCUUGAAAUUGUAUAAAUAUGAUAAUCAUCAUUGCUACUAUUUCUGGUGGACACAUAUAUUAGUUUUUACUUUGCCCAAUGGUUCGUUUACAAGCCAAGAGACCUUAUGAAUUCGUGAAAAGAUUAUUGUAAUUGCUUUUAUAUACACACCCACACACUAAUGAACAUCCGCCGCUCUGUUUUCUCCCUAGCCGCCGCCGGCGCGGCCCGCCGCCUCAGGCUUCUCUCCACCCAAUCAUCAUUCUCAAUCCCAAUUCCCCUCCUAAAUAAAAACCCUCCGCACCCACCAUCUUCGUUCCCCCAAAACCCUGAUUCCGCCGCCCUCUCAGAUUUUACACGCAUCUCCGAGCUUCUCUCAAACCCGUCCCUCCAGCCAGGGGAUGGUAUGGAAGAGGCCCUAACCGCGGCCCAAAUCAGUCCAAGCCCUAACCUUUUACUCCAAAUUUUUAGCCAUUUUGAUUCCACUCCAAAACCCUUGUUCACGCUCUUCAAUUGGGCGCAGAAGCGGCCUGAUUUCCAAUUUUCCAUGGCCGUUUUCAAUGCCAUGGUUAAUUCUCUUGGCAAGGCCCGAGAGUUCGACUCAGCUUGGUGCCUAAUUCUUGAUCAGAUUAAAGGAGAUCCUAGCAGAAGGCCCGAUUCUGAUACUUUUCUCAUUAUGAUUAGGAGAUACGCACGCGCAGGUCUUCCCCUGGCAGCCAUUCGGACAUUUGAAUAUGCGUCUAGUUUGGAUUUCUUGCGUGAUUUAGACCCAGAAAAGAAUUUAUUUGAGACUCUGUUAGACGCUUUAUGCAAAGAAGGACAUGUUAGGGCAGCCUCGCAGUACGUCGAUAAGCACAGGGCAAAAGAUCCAAGCUGGUUACCACCCAUCAGGAUAUAUAAUAUACUGCUGAAUGGAUGGUGCCGAUCGCGUAGACUUAAGCAUGCUAAGCGGCUUUGGGUGCAGAUGAAAAAGGAGAAUGUGAAACCAACUGUUGUAACGUAUGGGACCAUCAUUGAAGGAUUGUGCCGAAUGCGCCUCCCUGACAUGGCAAUGGAGUUGCUCAAUGAGAUGAAGGCAGAAGGAGUUGAGCCCAAUGCCAUUGUGUAUAAUCCAAUAAUAGAUGCGUUAGGAGAAGCCGGCAGGUUUGAAGAGGCACUGGGGAUGCUGGAACGUUUCUCAAUUUUAGAACUUGGUCCUACUAUAUCGACCUAUAAUUCACUGGUGAAGGGCUUCUGCAAGGCAGGUGAUCUGGUAGAGGCUAGCAAGAUCCUCAAGAUGAUGAUUGAUAAUAAAUGUUUACCAACUCCUACAACUUAUAGUUAUUUCUUCAAGUACUUCUCGAAGGUUGGCAAAACUGAAGCUGGCUUGAACCUUUAUACCAAAAUGAUCAGAUCUGGGUAUGAACCAGAUCGGCUUACGUAUCAUCUGCUGGUGAAAAUGUUGUGCAAAGAAGGGAAACUGGACCUUACCGUGCAAAUUAUCAAGGAGAUGAGAGCUAGAGGAUUUGAUUUGGACUUGGCUUCUAGUACCAUGCUGAUGCAUUUAUUAUGGAGAAUGCGCAGAUAUGAUGAGGCUGUUUCUGAAUUUCAGGACGUGUUUCGUAGAGGUAUUAUUCCUCAGCAUCUCACGUAUCGGAGAAUGGCUGAGGAAUUAGAGAGGCAGGGAAUGAUUGAAACAUCACAGAAACUUCAUGAUCUAAUGAAAUCAGUACCCCACUCAACAAAGCUGCCUGAUACGUACAAGGGAUAUAGAAACUCUUCACAUGAAAGAAAAAUAUCUAUAAUACAGAGAGCUGAGGCCAUGUCUGAUAUCUUAAAGACAUGUGAAAACCCAAGGGAGCUUGUCAAGCACAAAAAUCGACCAGAGAACUCUGUACUCAGUGCACAGAAGUUAAUGGAUAGUAUUCAGCGAAAAUCCAACUUGAGACACCUCGGACAGGAUCCAAGCAUACCAUCUCUUAGCAUAGAAGAAGAUAUUCUAUCAAGGAAGGUUGGAUGAGGGACAUUGGAUCAUUGGAUGCUUAUGAGAAAGAAGAUUGAAAACCCAAAAUAUAACUCCUGAAACCUUUUUUGGAGCUUUGGAAGGAUGUAUCAAAUGUAUUGCUCCUAGACGACGUUGGAAGUGUUUUAUUCCUUGGAGGAUAAUGAAUUGAAUCAAUACGUUUCAUAUACUAGGGAUGUUGGAUUGAUUUGUGCUCUUGGGUCCGGCUCAACUUCUCCUACUUGUAAAUCAAUGGAGGCCGGUGAUCUGGUGGACGACGCUAUAGUACAAUCUUUACAAUGAUGAUGUAGUAUAUCAGUUUACCAACUCCUACAGCUUAUAGUAACUUCCGCAGAUACUUCUUGGAAUUCUUGGCAGACUAAACAGAGGCUGAACUCUUUACCACAAGAUGAUCAGAUGUGGCUAAGAAACCUAUUGAACUUUGCUAUAAUCUGAUAA